UACAACAUUCCUGUGAGCCUGUCAUUAGUAGACAGAGCUGACUGACAGGUCGGGAGGAAACACUGGGGACAGUGGAUUUUGAUACAGACUGAAAACAUGGCUCUAUAUAACAGAAUACUGUGGCCUGCCUGGCCCAUGAUAAUCUUUCUGUGGAUCUGGGAAGCUGGCUGUCACACACAGUACCCGGCAGAAGAGGUGGAGAUUUUCAAUUCUGAAAAACUGGACAGACUGGGAUGGACCUCUGACCCUAACACAGAGUGGACUGAAAUUUGGUUGAGAGUUGGUACACAGAAUCCAGUUCAUUUGCUCCAAGCCUGUGGAAGAAAAGUAGCAAGAACUCUUUUAAGCCAGUGGAUGGGGCGUAAACAGGCCCACUAUCUGCUGAUGGAUAUUGUAUUUGCCCAAGAAGAGGAGCCACCUGGUCAGCUCAGCUCACUGCGAGUUCACCUUUUUGACACAGACACACCCAUCACAACAUUUCAGAACAGCUGGACAGUUCUGGAACUGCAGACCUCUAAGCUCUUUCCUGCCACAGUCACUCCGAGCCAAAUAUCCAGCUACCUAAACCGCAGCCUGGCUCUGAGCCUGGGCUCAGUCAGCCGCAGAGGCUUCCAACUCGCCUUCUCCUACACAGGAACGUGUGUGUUCAUAACCUCCAUCAGACUGUACUACAGGAGGUGCCCUGACAUCAUGGCUCACUUGGCCUCAUUUGGAAAGACAGGGGCCGGGUCUGGGCCCCUGACAGGUUCCUGUGUGAAGGGAGCUGUGGAGGUUUCUCCCCUGGUUAGAGAGUGCACUGUGGAUGGAGUGUGGGGGCCACUGCAGGGGGAAUGUACCUGUGGACCUGGUUAUCAACUCAUGGAUGACACCUGUCAAGCAUGUAGGAUGGGUUACUACAGACCAGCUAAUGACAGUGCAGGAUGCCGACUGUGCCCAGCCAAUACCAGGACACACAGGGAGGGAUCAGAGAGGUGUGACUGCCUGCAGGGUUUCAGCCGCCUGCCAACCGACUCUCAUGACCUCAGCUGCACCAAACCACCCUCUGCUCCUGUGAAUCUAACAGCCCUUCAUCAUAAUGACUCAGUACUGACAGUAACAUGGGAUCCUCCUCUUGACUGGGGAGGCAGUCAGGAAAUGAUAUAUAGUGUUAAGUGUGAAAAGAAAGCAGUAGCUGGCAGUCCAUGGGAGGCAUGUGGCGACAAUGUGAAUUUCCUACCAGACUCAUCAGGACUAAACAGCACACUGGUCAGCAUCACAGGACUGAACCCACUGCAUGACUACAAACUAUCAGUGCAGGCCUGGAAUGAUGUAUCCAGCCUGCAGGGGGCACCACUUGCUUCCACUGCCACUGUUACCAUUCACAGAUGGAAAGUUCCACCUGUGGUGAUCACUGUGAGCCCAGACUUAAACAUCUCACAGCAUGAAACAAUACCAGCUCCUCAGCAGCAGAGACGUUUCUACAUAUGGUUGACAGUUGGUGUUUUAUUUGGUAGCCUGCUGCUCAUGGCUGUAAUCCCCAUAGCUGUGUGCAUCCUGUGCCAAAACUACACUAAACGCAGGUCUGACCAAGAAGUAGAGCUUUUGCCAGUGAGUACAGAAUUUUCCUACCGACGUCCACAGGUUGCAGAAGCUUCACCCCAGCAGGAAAACAUGUCUGAGGGGGUGGCACAUUUGUUGGAUGGCCUAAGUGGCAGGCUGCUGGACAGUCUGAAGGAGGUCCUGGUAGAGAGAGACAAACUGACCCUGGGCAAGGAGCUUGGCAAAGGAGAGUUCGGCUCAGUCUAUGAAGGGAUUUUUACAUCAGUGGAAGGCAUGGACAUCAAGGUGGCUGUGAAGACCAUGAGAGUUGGAAUCCAUAGCCAAGAAGACUUACAUGAGUUUUUGAGAGAGGCAGAGAUCAUGAAGAACUUUGAUCAUGAAAAUGUGGUCAGACUGCUUGGGGUCACUUUACAGAGAGAACAGGACUCUCGUCUGCCUGUUCCUAUGGUCAUCUUGCCCUAUAUGAAACAUGGAGACCUGCGCCGCUUCCUCAUUGCUACACGCUAUGGUGAUAUUCCUAUGUUUGUGCCCCAUCAGAGUCUCCUGUGCUUCAUGAUUGACAUUGCAGCAGGGAUGAACUAUCUGAGCUCACAAGGCUUUCUGCACAGGGACUUGGCUGCGCGCAACUGCAUGCUGGGUGAUGACCUUAGAGUGUCUGUGGCUGACUUCGGUUUGUCCAAGAAAAUCUACAGUAGUAAUUAUUAUCGUCAGAAACUAGCUAUCCGUGUGCCAAUCAAGUGGCUGGCUGUGGAGAGUCUGUCUGAGUCUGUGUACACUACCAAAAGUGAUGUGUGGUCAUUUGGGGUGACCAUGUGGGAGAUUGUGUCCCGGGGGAGGACUCCUUAUCCUGGAGUGCAUAACCAUGAGCUGCUGGACCUGCUGCUGUCUGGGCAUAGGCUCACACCACCUGAAGAGUGUGACCAGAAACUUUAUAAGGUCAUGCAGAGCUGCUGGGAUAAGGAGCCGAACCGGAGGCCUGGUUUCGGGGAACUAGGUGAGACACUGAAAGGUCUUCUGUCAGAGCUGCCGGUACUGGAGGCCAGCCUGGAGGCCAGCUACAUCAACCAGGGCCUGGAGGCUGUUUCUUCUGUGGCUGCUUCUCUGGAGCCACAGACGGACUCUGGGAGACGAUGGGAAAAUGUCUAUCUGCCUGCUCCUGUGGCUGCUGCUGCAGCCAGAGAUGAAUAUGUGGAAGAAGAGAAUGGCUACCUUAAGUCAACAGUUUAGACAAAUGAUAAUCACUAAACUAAUUUUUGCCAGAAAGCUUAAUUCUUUAUUAAAGUGGACUUCCCAUGAACUGUGCACAUGAAAGAGAUAGAGAUGUUGUGUGUGUGCACUCCCAGGGGUGGCACAGGUUCCCACUGGAAUCUGACUGACCACCAUGUGUGUCUCCAUGCUAAUCUGAAAGUUGAGUGACACAGAUUUGAACAAUUUUGUUUAUUUUGUAUCUGUAUCGUGUAUCUUUUACUUGGAAGUAUCUGUUACUACAAAAGUAAGUCCUUUUCUGUCAGGAAAAACACAAACAUAACACAUAUUGAUGAAGCUUAAAAUAUCCAUACUUCUGUUAAGUCAGAAUUAUAAGAUACUGAAUCAAAUCUGAGAUUUUAUGUCAAAAUUAUGAGGUACGAGGGCUGGACAAAAGAAAGUUUUCUGAUAAAUUGCUAUUUUAUUUAAAUGAUCCAAUUAUCGAAGCUUAAAUUCUAAGAUCCAUCCAUGGUUCUGUGCAUCUGUUAAAAAGUAAAUGAUAAAGUAAAUGAUAGCUUCUAUAUGACCCACCUGGAGCCUAGCCCAGCUGACGUUGGCCGAGAGGCAGGGUACACUCUUUCCAUUGCAGGGCCAAAACAUAUAGACAAACCAUCUACAUUCAAAUUAUGAGUAGUCAAAAUGCAAUUUUCAAUGUCAAACGUAUGAGAAACGUAUUUUUGAAAUAACUCUAAACUGUUAGUAUCUCAUCAUUUUUGACUGAAUAAUUCAAACUUUUGACUUGCUAUCUUUCUAAUCACAAAUUUGUAGUUGAUAGUUAUGUUGACCCAUAUUGACCUACCAGUACUUUUUGUUAUUCUUUCCACCAGUUUUUUUCUGGUGGAAAUGGACUUUCAAACCUGUGCAUAGAAAUGUAAUUGCAUUCUUGAGACUGUAAAUAUGACUUAUAGUUUCCAUGUAAUAUUAAGAAAUAAUAAAAAAAAAAAGUUACAUUUUAUUAAAUAAAUAACAUAUAAAAUUA